UACUACACAGUUUUUGUUCAUGUAGCUUGUACCUUUCCUCUCUUUCCUCUCUCUCUCUCUUUCUCUUUUUCCUCUGCCACACAUCACACCCAACAGUCUCAGCAUUGCAGCAGCAACUGCAGCACUGCUGCUCCUGCUGCUUGCUUCAGCUCCCAGACAAGCAAAAGGGCCCAAAAGAAAUUAAAAAAAAAUGAGGGAUAGAAAAUGAAUGAGUGAAGAAAGAAAGAAAGAGGGAUAUAUAAUAAAAUCCCAAUGAAAGCUUGAUUUGAAACUACCCAUUUUCUCUUCCCCUUCCAGUUCCAGCUAAAUAUAAAGUAGUAAAAGGAAAGAGACCCAAAAAAGAAACAAAAGGAAAUGGGUGAGAGAACAGAAAGAGAGUCUCUUUCUUUUUGGAGUAUUGGGUCAUAGUCUCUUUUUAGCAAUGCCAAAGUUACUCUACAACACUACCUCAGCCUCUCAGAAAAUGCAGCAGCAGGCAUGAAACCACUCAUUCAUAUCUUCAUCUUCAUCUUCCACUCUCUCCUUUUCCAAACUGCUUCUUCUCCUUCUCCUUCAUGAUGGGGUUGAUCGAUCUCAACACUACAGAGGAUGAUGAAACUCCUUCUUCCGGUGGUGAUUCUUCUUCUCCUUCCUCCCCUUCUCACUCUGGCAUAAGCACUUCUCCUUCAGCCAUGGCUCCUCCUCCACCUUCUGUGUGCUUGGAGCUCUGGCACGCUUGUGCAGGCCCUCUGAUCUCUCUGCCGAAGAAAGGGAGUGUUGUUGUGUACAUCCCACAGGGACACUUUGAGCAGGCUCAGGAUUUUCCGGUUACUGCCUAUAAUAUCCCAACUCAUGUGUUCUGUCGUGUUCUCGAUGUCAAGCUCCAUGCAGAGGAAGGGAGUGAUGAAGUGUAUUGCCAAGUCUUGUUGAUUCCUGAAAGUGAGCAAGUGGAGAAAAACUUAGGGGAAGGGGACACUGAUGCUGAUGGUGAAGAGGAUACUGAAGCUAUGGUGAAGUCAACAACACCUCACAUGUUCUGCAAGACUCUGACAGCUUCAGACACUAGCACUCAUGGUGGAUUCUCUGUGCCUCGUCGAGCUGCUGAAGAUUGCUUUCCUCCCCUGGACUACAGUCAACAACGACCUUCACAAGAGCUUGUUGCCAAGGAUCUGCAUGGCUUGGAAUGGAAGUUUCGACAUAUAUACAGGGGGCAGCCGCGCAGGCAUUUGCUCACAACUGGGUGGAGUGCAUUCGUAAACAAGAAGAAGCUUGUAUCUGGCGAUGCUGUCUUGUUUCUUAGGGGUGAUGAUGGGGAACUGAGAUUAGGGAUUCGUAGGGCAGCUCAAUUGAAAAGUGUUGGAUCCUUUGCAGCUCCCUCUGGUCAGCAUUUGAGUCCUGGCACUCUCAUGGAUGUUGCCAAUGCCUUAUCUUCAAGAUGUGCGUUUAGUGCUUGCUACAAUCCAAGGGUCAGUUCUUCAGAAUUCAUCAUACCUGUCAACAAAUUCAUGAAGAGCCUUGAUUGUUCUUAUUCUGUUGGAAUGAGGUUCAGGAUGCGUUUUGAAACUGAGGAUUCUGCAGAGAGAAGAUUCACUGGAUUAGUUAUUGGAAUCAGUGAUGUGGAUCCUGUUAGAUGGCCAGGAUCAAAAUGGAGAUGUCUGCUGGUGAGGUGGGAUGACAUAGAAGCCGGUAGGCAUAAUAGGGUUUCCCCAUGGGAAAUUGAGCCAUUUGGUUCUGCUUCCAAUAACUUGAUGGCAGCUGGUUUGAAGAGGACCCGGAUCGGAAUGACUUCAACAAAGAUGGAAUUUCCAGCUCCUAAUGGAAUUGGAACAUCAGACUUUGGUGAAUCGUUAAGGUUCCAGAAGGUCUUGCAAGGUCAAGAAAUUAUGGGUGUUAAUACUCCCUUUGAUGGUAUUAAUGCUCAGAGUCCCCGGUUUUAUGAGCUAGGGAGAUGCUAUCCUGGUUCAAACUGUUCAGGGAUUGCUACAACAGGAAAUAGUAUGAGAGUCCCACAAGUGACUUCUGAUUUUUCCUGUAAUGGCACAGGCUUCAGUGAAUCCUUCCGAUUCCCGAAGGUCUUGCAAGGUCAAGAAAUUCUUCCAAGCCCACCAUAUGGGGCCUUGUCUGUAGACGAGGCUCGUGGAUAUGGUCGCUUCGGUCGUUUUGAUGGUUAUCAACCACUUAGCUCCAGAAAUGGGUGGCCUGCCCAGAUGCAUGACAACACUUCACAUUUGCACACAUCAGUUACAUCCGGGCAAGUGUCAUCUCCAUCAUCUGUGUUAAUGUUCCAGCAGGCAAUUAAUCCAGUUUCAAACCGUGAUUAUAACAUGGAGAGAGAGGGUAAAGUGCAUUACCAAGGUUCAUAUGCAUCUGAAGUGAAAGGUGGAGCAUUUGCACCUUCCCUUUCUGAUAACCCUAUUUUAUCUGGAAGAGCUCAGGAAGGUGCAAACACUUUUGGUGUGUUUAGUAAUUUUCAUAGUCAGCUGGGCAGUUCAAGGCUCCAUGAUUCAGUUUCAGCAAUGAGAAGCAGUCAAGAGUUGGUUCCCUCAUGCAAAAGUGGCUGCAGACUCUUUGGUUUUUCAUUAACUGAAGACACACACAUUGCAAAUGAAGAGACUGAGGCUUCUAAUUCUGGACCUUCCUUUACUAGACUUGUUGAAGAUGAAUUCCACCCAGGCCUUUCACUCAGGAGUAAAGGGGUUGGGAGUAACUGCACAAAAGGUGUGUUGCAGUAUUGAACUGAGAAUCAUGAUGAUGUGUGAAAGCAAGGUACUAGCAUGAGAGAGGGCAGAAGAAUGUGUCCAUUGUUGCUCUUGUUAUGUGCUUAGCUAUAAUGAAAUUUGUUAUUAUUUGCCAAAAUUGGGUUAUUUUAUCUUAAGUGGCCACGAGACCAAAUUAAUGUGUUUGUGUAUUAUUGUAUUUUUAUGCAUACUCACUGUGUCCUAUAUGAGAUGCAUACUGUUGAGUAAUGCUACUAAGGUAAUCCUAUGCAUGUUAUCCAUUUUCUGGGUCAUAUAUGGAACUAAAUAAACAACUCAAAGAUAUUUUGGCAGACUCA